AUGUCUAGCAACUAUACGGAUGACUCAUGGAUCGCCAUGCCAGUCAGUGUGAGGGAUUUUAAUAGGAAGAAGAUUACUUAUGGUCGGAAUGUUUACAUGCCAUAUGAAUAUUCAUUGAGUUAUACUACCGUGCAGUUUGUUGUACAAGUGUUAGCUAAUUUGAUUACACCGGACUUUGUAGAGCCAACGCAUGAGAGCAAUCAUAUAUUUAUCAUGUAUGCUGGUACAUCAUUGAGAACAGAAAUAUAUGCAAAAGCACCAGAAAAUACUACAAUUGAGAAUUUUACGGCUUUUGGAAUACAGAAUGAAAAAAUAAAAUUGUCUUCAAUACAACAAGAUCCAAAGCGACCGCAAGUUAAGUAUGCAAUAAUGACAUGGAAGCCGUCUGCUGUCGAAAUCGGACAACACAUAGCAUGUGUUAAUGUACAUGAUAAUACCGG